UCCUCCGCAGGCGGAGCCUCCUUCCCCCGCCCCCUCCGUCUCGCUCCCUUGUUCUCGCCGGGGCCGCUCAGACCUGCAGCGGAGCCGCGGCGCCCGCUCUGAUCGGCUCCGGGCUGCGCCCCCGGGACCCGGCGGCGGGGGCGGGCGGGGGCGCUCCCUGUCGGCCUGGGCCCCUCGGCAGCGCCAGGUGUGGAUCCAUGGGGUAGCCCCAACGCCUCUGCCCCCCCACCCCAGCCAGCAUAUGGACCGCCUGGCCCAGCCCAGCCCCAGCACCCGGGGCCCUUGAGCGGACCCCUGGCUGCAGCCCGACCAUGUGGGGCCUGGUGAGGCUUCUGCUGGCCUGGCUGGGGGGCUGGGGCUGCAUGGGACGUCUGGCAGCCCCGGCCCGGGCCUGGGCAGGGUCCCGAGGGCGCCCAGGGCCUGCACUGCUGCGAACCCGAAGGAGCUGGGUCUGGAACCAGUUCUUUGUCAUUGAGGAAUAUGCCGGGCCAGAGCCAGUCCUCAUUGGCAAGCUGCACUCGGACGUGGACAGGGGUGAGGGCCGCACCAAGUACCUGCUGACCGGGGAGGGGGCAGGCACCGUGUUUGUGAUUGACGAGGCCACGGGCAAUAUCCACGUCACCAAGAGCCUGGACCGAGAGGAGAAGGCGCAGUACGUGCUGCUGGCCCAAGCGGUGGACCGAGCGUCCAACCGGCCCCUGGAGCCGCCAUCAGAGUUCAUCAUCAAAGUGCAAGACAUCAACGACAACCCUCCCGUCUUCCCCCUCGGGCCUUACCACGCCACAGUCCCCGAGAUGUCCAACGUCGGGACAUCGGUGAUCCAGGUGACUGCCCACGACGCCGAUGACCCCAGCUAUGGGAACAGCGCCAAGCUGGUGUACACUGUGCUCGACGGCCUGCCUUUCUUCUCCGUGGACCCCCAGACUGGAGUGGUGCGCACAGCCAUCCCCAACAUGGACCGGGAGACACAGGAGGAGUUCUUGGUGGUGAUCCAAGCCAAGGACAUGGGCGGCCACAUGGGGGGGCUGUCGGGCAGCACGACGGUGACCGUCACCCUCAGCGAUGUCAACGACAACCCCCCCAAGUUCCCGCAGAGUCUGUACCAGUUCUCCGUGGUGGAGACAGCUGGGCCUGGCACCCUGGUGGGCCGACUGCAGGCCCAGGACCCAGACCUGGGCGACAACGCCCUCAUGGCCUACAGCAUCCUGGAUGGGGAGGGGUCCGAGGCCUUCAGCAUCAGCACGGACCCACAGGGGCGAGAUGGGCUCCUCACUGUGCGCAAGCCCCUCGACUUCGAGACCCGUCGCUCCUACUCAUUCCGUGUAGAGGCCACCAACACACUCAUCGACCCAGCCUACCUGCGGCGGGGGCCCUUCAAGGACGUGGCCUCGGUGCGCGUGGCCGUGCAGGACGCCCCCGAGCCACCUGCCUUCACCCAGGCUGCCUACCUCCUGGCAGUGCUGGAGAACAAGGCUCCCGGGACCCUGGUGGGCCAGGUCUCGGCUUCGGACCUGGACUCCCCAGCCAGCCCAAUCAGGUACUCCAUCCUCCCGCACUCGGAUCCCGAGCGCUGCUUCUCCAUUGAGCCAGAGGACGGCACGAUCCGCACAGCAGUGCCCCUGGACCGCGAAGCUCGAGUGUGGCACAACCUCACCAUACUGGCCACAGAGCUCGACAGCUCCGCACAGGCGUCCCGUGUGCAAGUGGCUGUCCAGACCCUGGAUGAGAACGACAAUGCUCCCCAGCUGGCUGAGCCCUACGACACCUUUGUGUGUGACUCUGCAGCCCCUGGCCAGCUCAUUCAGGUCAUCCGGGCCCUGGACAGAGAUGAAGUCGGCAACAGUAGCCGCAUCUCCCUUCAGGGCCCUCUGGGCCCCGAUGCCAACUUCACCGUCCGGGAUAACCGAGAUGGCUCUGCCAGCCUGCUGCUGCCCUCCCGCCCCGCCCCGCCCCGCCAGGCCCCCUACUUGGUUCCCAUAGUGCUGUGGGACUGGGGGCAGCCGGCACUGAGCAGCACUGCCACGGUGACCGUGAGCGUGUGCCGCUGCCGGCCCGACGGCUCUGUGGCUUCCUGCCGGCCCGAGGCUCAGCUCUCACCGGCCGGGCUCAGCACCGGCGCCCUGUUGGCCAUCGUCACCUGUGUGGGCACCUUGCUUGCGCUGGUGGUGCUCUUCGUGGCCCUGCGGCGGCAGAAGCAGGAAGCACUGAUGGUGCUGGAGGAGGAGGACGUGCGCGAGAACAUCAUCACCUACGACGACGAGGGCGGCGGCGAGGAGGACACGGAGGCCUUCGACAUCGCAGCCCUGCAGAACCCUGACGGGGCGGCCCCACCGGCGCCCGGCGUCCCCGCGCGCCGCGACGUGCUGCCCCGGGCCUGCGCACCGCGCCAGCCCCGACCCCCGGGCCCCGCCGAUGUGGCCCAGCUGCUGGCGCUGAGGCUCCGCGAGGCCGACGAGGACCCCAGCGUGCCGCCCUACGACUCAGUGCAGGUGUACGGCUACGAGGGCCGGGGCUCCUCCUGCGGCUCGCUCAGCUCCCUGGGCUCCGGCAGUGAGGCCGGCGGCGCCCCCGGCCCCGCGGAGCCGCUGGACGACUGGGGGCCGCUGUUCCGCACCCUGGCCGAGCUGUACGGGGCCAAGGAGCCCCCGGCCCCCUGAGCGUGGGCCUGGCCCUGCCCGCUGCGGUGGGGCAGCCCGCACAGGCCCGCUGAGUGAGCCCCUGGUGGGGGGCAAGGCAGGCGGCAGCAGCCCAGGGACCCCCGGCCUCCUCCGGUCCCUGGGUCCCUGCUCCUUCCCUCCCCAGACCCCCUAGCCCCUAGCCCCUCGGCUCCCCCAAGUCUGUCCAUCCUUACGUCUGUGUCCAUGGACCUUGUGUCUCCUCAGUGGCGUCCUCCCCGUGUUCUCUCACUGUGACUUCUCCGUGGCGGUUUUUGUCCCUGCGGCUCUAAAGCUCCCUCCCCACUGUCACCCUUGCCUUGCCCUACUCGCACUGUGUCCUGCCCACAUGUCCCACCCUUCUCUGUGGAUCCCUGUGACUGGCUUUUUGGUUUUUGGUUUUUUUUUUUCUGUUGUUCAUCCCAAAAGCAAGAGAGACGUCUAGCCACUGCUGCCCACCCUCCCGCAGGGGAUGCUGUGCCCCAGACCUGCCCGCAUGGUUCCAUCCAUCACUCAUGGCCUCAUCCUGGCUCCACGGUCUCCAGCAGAGAGAGGGAGCUAGCCCGCCUCCCAGGGCCAGAGCUCCAGCCCUGCCACGGCCGCCUCCCUGGAGCUCUGCCCAGCUGUCCGCCUGCCCUGGGCAUCCCAGCUCUGGGCAUUGUCUUGUGUGCUUCCCAGGCCCCAGGGAAAAGGGGAGGGGCAGAAAAGGGGGAGGCAGCUGGGGAAGGGGAAAGAGGGAGGAAGGGGAGGGGCCUCCAUCUCUAAUUUCAUAAUAAACAAAC